AUGCGGGAUGGCCCUGAGGAAAGAGCCACCUCUCCCCACGUUCCUCUCCCUGCAGGAGGCCUGGCCCUGGCAGUGCUGCUCGUCUCCUGGGCAGCGCUGGGCCCCCAUGGCCUGGAGGGAGUGGAGCCUGGAGUGCCGGGGGACACCGAGGGCCUGCAGUGCCCAGCCAUCUGCACCUGCGGCCACGAUGACUACACAGACGAGCUCAGCGUCUUCUGCAGCUCCCGGAACCUCACACAGCUGCCGGACGGCAUCCCCGACAGCGCCAGGGCCCUGUGGCUGGAUGGCAACAACUUCUCCUCCCUCCCCGAGGCCGCCUUCCGGAACUUCUCCAGCCUGGGCUUCCUCAAUCUGCAGGGCAGUGGGCUGGCCAGCCUGGAGCCCAAAGUGCUGCUGGGCCUGCGGAACCUGUACCACCUGCACCUGGAGCGGAACCAGCUGCGCGGCCUUGGGGCCCGCACCUUCCUGCACACGCCGGGUCUCGCCUCACUCGGCCUCAACAACAACCUCCUCAGCAGGGUGGACGAGGGCCUCUUCCAUGGCCUGGCCAACCUCUGGGACCUCAACCUUGGCUGGAACAGCCUGGCCGUGCUCCCUGACACCGUGUUCCAGGGCCUGGUCAACCUGCGUGAGCUGGUACUUGCAGGCAACAAGCUGACCUACCUGCAGCCCCCCCUCUUCUAUGGCCUCAGCGAGCUCCGCGAGCUGGACCUGAGCAGGAACGCUUUGCGAACCAUCAAGGCCAACAUCUUUGUCAAGCUGCCCAAACUCCAGAAGCUCUACCUAGACCACAACCAUAUUGCCGCCAUGGCCCCGGGGGCUUUCCUGGGCCUGAAAGCUCUGCGCUGGCUGGACCUGUCACACAACCGCGUGGGGGGCCUCCUGGAAGACACCUUCCCGGGCCUGCUGGGCCUGCACGUCCUGCGCCUCUCACACAACGCCAUCACCAGCCUGCGGCCCCGGACCUUCAAGGACUUGCACUUCCUGGAGGAGCUGCGGCUGGGCCACAACCGCCUCAGGCAGCUGCCGGACAAGGCCUUUGAGGGUCUGGGCCAGCUGGAGGUGCUCACACUCAACGACAAUCAGAUCCAGGAGGUCAAGGCGGGAGCCUUCCUCGGCCUCUUGAACGUGGCCGUCAUGAACCUCUCUGGCAACUGUCUGCGGAACCUUCCAGUGCGAGUGUUCCAGGGCCUGGCCAAGCUGCACAGCCUGCACCUGGAGGGCAGCUGCCUGGGCCGCAUCCGCCAGCACACCUUCGCCGGCCUCUCCGGGCUGCGUCGGCUCUUUCUCAAGGACAACGGCAUCACGGCCAUUGAGGAACAGAGCCUGUGGGGGCUCCCUGAGCUCCUAGAGCUGGACCUCACCUCAAACCAGCUAAUGCAGCUGCCCAGUCAGCUCUUCCAGGGUCUUGGCAAGCUGGAGUACUUGCUCCUGUCCCGCAACCGGCUGUCGGCACUGUCAGCAGAAGUCCUGGGGCCCCUGCAAUGCACCUUCUGGCUGGACAUCUCGCACAACCACCUGGAGGCCCUGCCCGAGAGCAUCCUUUCGCCACUGGUGCGGCUGCGCUACCUCAGCCUCAGGAACAACUCGUUGCAGACCUUUGUGCCACAGCCUCCUGGCCUGGAGCGCCUGUGGCUGGAGGGCAAUCCCUGGCACUGUGGCUGCCCCCUCCAGGCCCUGAGGGCCUUCGCCCUGCAGCAUCCCACUGUUGUGCCCCGCUUUGUCCAGGCUGUUUCCGAAGGGGACGACUGCCAGGGACCCGCGUAUACCUACAACAACAUCACCUGUGCCAGUCCCCCCAGCAUCUCGGGACUCGACCUGCGUGACGUUGGUGAGGACCACUUUACUCAUUGCUGAUCCAAGGCUUGUCCAGGCCAGAUACCGCCUUGGAGUCAGGACAAGCCCUUGCCAUCCCUGGAGCCUGGUGGGCACCCUACCCCUCAGCUCCCAAAGGCCAGGCCCCACAAUGCUUACUUGUUGGGGGGUCUCUUCUCAGGGAACACACGGUCCUGGGGUUUGCUGGCCUGGCACCUGAGGGCCAGAUCAGGAGGAUCGGGGGCCAGUCCUCCCAGCUUCACCCAU